AUGGAGCUGGAUUGGCCGAGCCCGCAGGAUUUUCCCAACGGAAAAAAUUCCGGGAUUCCAGCUGGGGCCUGCUCGGGGGGCCUGCUCAGAAUUCCCAGCUGGAAUUCCAUUCCCGACAAUCUCCGAGCAGCAGCAGCGGAGCCGCAGUGCCGGCCCUGCCACGAGAACUGCACCCGUGGAUGUGUGGGGCCGCUGCUGCGGGACUGCCUGGGGGACACCCUGCCCGUGUCCAGGCGCACCCCGACGCUGAUCGCGGUGAUGGCGGUCGGGGCCGUGUUCCUCUCGUGCUCGCUGGUGCUGCUGGCGCUGCUCUACUGGCGGGGCAAGAAGAUCCAGAAGAAACGGGCGAUGCGGCGCUACCUGGAGCGGGGCGAGAGCCUGGAGCCGCUGGAUCCCAGUGAAAAAGCCAACAAGGUCCUGGCCCGGAUCUUCAAGGAGACGGAGCUGAAGCGCCUCAAGGUGCUGGGAUCCGGCGUCUUCGGCACCGUGCACAAGGGGAUCUGGAUCCCGGACGGGGAUUCCAUCAAGAUCCCGGUGAGCAUCAAGGUGAUCCAGGACUGGAGCGGGCAGCAAUCCUUCCACGCCGUCACCGACCACAUGCUGGCCAUCGGCAGCCUGGAGCACUCGUACAUCGUGCGGCUGCUGGGGAUCUGCCCGGGCCCGCAGCUGCAGCUGGUGACGCAGCUGCUGCCGCUGGGCUCACUGCUGGAGUACGUGCGCAAGAACCGCGCCUCCAUCAGCCCGCAGCUGCUGCUCAACUGGUGCGUGCAGGUGGCCAAGGGGAUGUACUACCUGGAGGAGCACCGCAUGGUUCACCGCAACCUGGCCGCGCGUAACGUGCUGCUCAAGUCGCCCAGCCAGGCGCAGGUGGCCGAUUUCGGCAUCGCCGACCUGCUCUACCCCGACGACAAGAAGUACUUCUACAACGAGGUCAAGACUCCCAUCAAGUGGAUGGCCCUGGAGAGCAUCCACUUCGGCAAGUACACGCACCAGAGCGACGUCUGGAGCUACGGGGUGACGCUGUGGGAGAUGAUGACGUUCGGGGCCGAGCCCUACGCCGGGAUCCGCCUGGCCGAGGUGCCCGACCUGCUGGAGAAGGGCGAGCGCCUGCCGCAGCCGCACAUCUGCACCAUCGACGUCUACAUGGUGAUGGUGAAAUGCUGGAUGAUCGAUGAGAACAUCCGUCCCACCUUCAAGGAGCUCGCCAACGAGUUCACCCGCAUGGCGCGGGACCCGCCGCGCUACCUGGUGAUCAAGGAGAGCGGGGCCGCCCCCCCCGCCGAGCCGCCCCCCCUCAGUGACAAGGAGCUGGACGAGGUGGAGACGCUGGAGCUGGAGGAGGACGAGGAGGAGGAGGAGGAGCUGCCCGGAGCCUUCGGCCUCGCGCCCGCGCUGUGCCCGCAGCGCCCGAGGGGCAGCAGCGCCCGGAGCCCCAGCCUGCUGAGCGCCCCCGCCGGGUACAUCCCCAUGAACCAGCCCGGCCUCGGCUGCGCCCGACAGCCCGGGGGGUCGCGGCCGCUGCGGCGGAGCCGGCAGGAAUCUCUGGGCCGGACGGUGUCGGAGUCGUCCGAGGGUCGCGGCACGGUGUCGGAGCUGGAGCUGGGCGAGGGGGGGUCCCUGGGGGGCAGCCUGUGCCGCAGCCUGCGCUCCAGGGGGGACAGCGCCUACCUGUCCCAGCGGGAGAGCUUCCCCCCGCUGCCCCCCAGCUCCGAGGGCAGCGAGGAGGACCCCAACGGCUACGUCACCCCCAACUGCGCCCUCCGCGACGCAGACCCCGGCGGGGGCUCGGUACCGGAGCCGGAGGAGGAGGAGGAGUACGAGUACAUGAACCGACGGCCGGGGGGGGCCCCGGGAGCCCCCCAACCCCGGCCGGCCUCACUGGAAGAGCUGGGCUACGAAUACAUGGAGGUGGGCUCGGAAACGGGGGGACCCCCGGGAGCCCCCCGAGGCCGGCGGGACGGUGAGGACGAGCGCGGGGAGGAGGAGGAAGAGGCUGAGGAUGAAGAGGAGGAGGAGGAUUACGAGUACAUGAACAAACAACCGCGGCUCAGCCGCUCGCUGGCGGCCGAGCCCACCCAGGGCGGGGGCUUCCCGGGACCCCCCGGCCACGACGGCUACACCGAGAUGAGAGCGGGCAACGAGCAGGGUUACGAGGAGAUGGAGGCCGUGCUCAGGCCGCGCUGCCCCGGCUGCCGAAACCCCCCCACUUACCGAAACCCCCCCGGUUGCCGAAGCCCCCCCGGGCCCGGCAUGAAGCCGCUGCGGAGUUUGGAAGCCUCGGACUGCGCCUUCGAUAAUCCCGAUUAUUGGCACAGCCGCCUCUUCGCCAAGGCCGAUGCGCAGCGGACUUAGGGGGGACCCCCCCACACCCCUCACAACCCCGGGACCCUCCCCACCCUCGGGGGGCUCACACUGGAUAUGAAGGAUCCCCCCCCUCUCCCAAAAACCCCCGGGGGAUGAGCUGUGGCUGGGUUAGGGCGGGGGUCGGGGGUCUCAGCCCCUUUUAUGGGGGGCUUCUGCGUCCUCCCCACACCCCCCCCCCCGUUUUUUUGGGGGGGUACGGGGGUGUGAGGAGCUGAGCCUGAGCUCGCCGAGGUGGGGAGGGGGCAGCGGAGACCCCCCGGAUCCCCCUGCAGUGGUUUCCUUCCUCGCCCCCACUCACUGAAGGUGCUCCCCAAAUCCCUGGCGGGGGUCCCUGGAGGUCAGAGGGGAUUUCUGAAGGACCCCAGACUCAUUUUCGGGUUUCCCCAUUCCCCGGUGAGUGAAGGUUUGGGGGUGUCGUCCCCCCCCCCGCCCUCCCCUGAGGUCGGGAUCCCUUUUUGGGGUGUUUUCCCCGGUUUUUUCGGGGGCUGGCCCGGGUUGGGGGGGUUGUGGGGGGGGGAGCCCCCGCUCAGGGAUCGCCCCCGGCCCCGGGGGUGGCGCGCGAUGGAUGAAAAUAAAGGAAUUUG